AUUCGCCCACGAAUUUACACAUGUCUGGCCUAGUCGACAGGAACGCUAGAGAUUUUGGUAUAAAACGCUUGAACGGCCAACAGAAAUGCAUCAGUUCUCUAGCUGCCUCAACCACCUCCUCACAUCUCCAACAUGAAGUUCUUCGUUCUCGCUGCCCUUUUCGCUGUUGCUGCCGCCAGCUCUUACAAGGCUGCCGAAUACGCACCUAAAUACGAAGCUAAAUACGAGGAAGUCACUUAUGCCCCCCAGCCCUACAGCUUCGAAUACGACGUUCAGGAUAAGGAAUCUUACAACGACUUUGUCCACUCCGAGAAAUCCGACUACAACGUCGUCACCGGAUCUUACCGUGUUGCUCUUCCCGAUGGCCGCACCCAAAUCGUCUCCUACAAGGCUGACGCUUCCGGAUACAACGCCGAUGUGAAAUACGAAGGCGAAGCCCAGUACCCCGAAGAGCCCAAAUACAAGGCUGCUUCCUACCCCGCCCCAGCCUACUCUGCCCCGGCCUACAAAGCCCCAGCUUACCCUGCUGCCCCAGCUUACCCCGCCCCAGCUUACAAAGCCCCAGCCUACCCCGCUCCCGCCUACAAGGCUCCCGAAUACAAAGCCCCCGCCCCUGCCUACAAAGCUCCCACUUACUCCGCUCCCGCCUACAAAGCCCCAGCCUACAAGCCCGCUUCUGCCUACCCUAAAUACUAGGUUCACUUUAUUCAUUCAAACAAUUGUCAACACGAAUUUAAUUUAAUGUAAAAUUGGGAGUCAAAGAUAUAUGAGGGCAACUAUAGGUGAUCUAUAGAAGUCCAAAUUAUUUAUCAAAUAAAAUUUUACAAUAAAAAAUCAUUCUUA